AUGGACUACGACUCGCUAUCCCCCGUUCAGGGGCGAGGGGCGUCAGCCAUCGUCGCAACCUCAGCCCCAGUGUACAUCCCAGACCAAGACUACGAUGUCCCAGGUGAAGACGAAGGGUUCUGUGAUGUCCCAGACGAAAACGUCGAACCCACCGUUCUACCUGCAACCCUCGAACGCGCCGUUCAAGCUGCAGCCCUCGAACAUGCCGUCCAAGCCGCAGCCCUCGAACCCGCCAUCCAAAUUGCAGCCCUCCAAAGCGCUGUCCAAUUUGCUGCCCUCGAACCAUCCGUCCAAAUCGAAGCCCUCGAACCUGCGGUCUUAUCUGCAGCCCUCCAAGGCGCCGUUGAACGUGCAGCCCUCGAACCCGCGGCCCAAUUCACAGCCCUAGAACCCGAGGCCCGAUUGACAGCUAUUAAACGCGCCAUUUUAGCUGCAGCCCUCAAACCCGAUGUUCAAGCUGCAGCCUACAAACGCAUGGUCACUUUCGCAGACCUUAAACGCGCCGGCGAAGCCGCACGCAGAUAUGGAGGUGGAAAGCAAAAAGACAAAAUAGGCGGAGGUGGAGGAGUCAGCGGUGGAGGUGGAGGCGCAGGAGGCAACGGCGGAGGCGGAGGUGGAGGUGGAGCCCCACAAAUCCCACCACUCCAGCUACCCCAAGGUCCACCCCGGCAUUGGGAUUAUGGUGCCAUGAUCAAACGCGUUCACGCCGGCGUGAUGAUCGAACUGAGCACCAUCCCCCUUUAUCUCUACGCCAUGUAUAGCAUCAAGCCAACCAACCAAGCUGUCGCGUUGCAAGUCCGUGCUACUCUCAGAAGCGUUGUAGAGCAGGAAAUGCUCCAUCUCUCCUUGGCUGGCAAUCUUCUCUCUGCACUUGGAGGUUCUGUGGAACUGUACGAUCCUCGCGUCGUGCCUCAAUACCCUGGCCGCAUGUUAUAUGGCAAGAUCCCGAUGAUCUUGGAGGCGCUCAAGACUGAGAGUUUAGGCCGCUUUAUGGAAAUCGAGUCCGCGGCUGACGGUGGUGUAUUGUCGCCCAUGACCGAGCGUGAUGUCCUUGCUUCGCAGUACACCAGCAUUGGCGAACUCUACGAGGAUCUGAUCACAGGCGUCAGAGGUCUUCCCGACGAGAACUUUACAAAGAACCCGGGAGCACAGUUCUGCGGUAAUAGGUUUUUUGGCGAUCACCUAUUCGCUAUCAACAAUCAAUCCACUGCUCUCCGGGCACUGAGGACGAUCAUCGAGCAAGGGGAGGGAAAUCUUAGGGUUGACGAUUCCCACUAUGACGUCUUUUCCAAGCUUUAUUCGAGGCCGCAGGUGUGGGAUGUACAUCAAGUCCCGGACAACCCGAAGACUGUGGAUUAUUGGAAUAUAUAUCGGAAUAACUACGUUUACAGGCUUUCCCUCGCCUUCGACGCAGCCUAUUGCUACCUACUACAAACCAUCCAGCGGGUCUGGCACCCCCUCGAAAAAGCGCUCCACCCCGUCCUCUUCCGAAAUAUCCACGGCAUAAUGAGUAACCUACUCACACCCCUCGCCGAAAUCCUUGUUCAGCAGAAGUUGGGGGGUGAGAAUGUCGCUGCUCCGUGCUUCAACUAUUACGCGUUGACUACUGCGGCUGAUGGGAGUCUUGUGCCUAGUCCGAGGCCGUUGAGGCCCAAGUAUUUGUAUCGGGAGUUGAGGCUUAGAGUGAGGGAGGCGAUAUGUGCUGUUCCUGAAGAUGCACUGGAACAGCAGAGAGUUAGGCUGAAGACGAUCGAGCAUUAUGUUGGCGAGAACCUUCGCCCUGUUUGGUAG